AGGAGGGGGGGGUGGUACAGUCCUGUGUGGGUCCCCUGGCUGUGCAGGGAAAGCUGAUAGUGAGUUGGCUGGGCUCUCAGCACACACUCCAUGGGCAAUGAUCACCCAGGGCUGGCCCCCUGCACAGCAUGAGGAAGAACAAGGUCAUGGUGCUGGCUACUUGCCUGGGCUCCUUCAUCCUGGUCAUCUUCUACUUCCAGAGCAGCCUCAGCUCAGCUGAGGAACAAGUCACUGCCGCCAUCUGGAAAGGGAAGCCCAGGAGAAGUCCUCUGCAGGCGUUAUAUGACAGCGAACAGUUUGAACCCUCAUCGAUCCAAGCUACACACCAAAACCGUCGGGAGCUGCUGGCCAGCGCCUGCAAGACGUACACCAGGAAACGCCGCGUCCUGACCGCGGAGGACCUCAAACACCUGGUCGUGGACGACUCCCAUGGGUUGAUCUAUUGCUAUGUGCCUAAGGUGGCCUGCACCAACUGGAAGAGGGUCAUGAUGGUCCUUACCGGCCAAGGCAAAUAUAAUGACCCUGCCGUCAUUCCAGCCAACGAGGCCCACAUUCCGUCAAACCUCCGCACUCUCUCGGAGUUCAGCACCCCGGAGAUCAAUUACCGCCUGCGGAACUACCUCAAGUUCAUCUUCGUAAGGGAGCCUUUCGAGAGGCUGGUUUCGGCCUACAGGAACAAGUUUACUCGGACCUACAACACGGCCUUCCACAAGCGGUACGGCACCAAGAUCAUAGAGCGCCAUCGCAGGGAUCCUUCACUCGAGGCUCUCGAGCGGGGGGAUGAUGUCACUUUUGAAGAGUUCCUUUAUUACCUGGUUGAUCCCCAGACUCAGAGAGAGGAGCCAUUUAAUGAGCACUGGGAACGAGUCCAUUCUUUGUGCCACCCGUGCAUUGUCCAGUAUGACGUGAUAGGAAAAUACGAAACUCUGGAGGAGGAUGCCAGCUAUCUUCUUCAGCUCAUUGGUGUAGGCGACUCCAUAAAGUUUCCGUCGUCUUCCAAAACCGCGCGGACCACCGAUGGCAUGACGGCGCAGUUCUUCAAAGGCAUCAACCGCUUCUACCAACGGCGUCUCUUCAAUUUGUACAAGAUGGACUUUCUACUCUUCAACUACAGCAUUCCGCAUUAUUUGCAGAUACAUUGAACGUGCAAUGAGAGUGUGUCCAGGGGCCUGGAGCCUUUAAUACACCUUUUUAACUUGGGGGGGGGGGGGGGGGGGGAUGGAAGAUGUGUUUUUGUUUGUUUUUUAUAUUUAUUGCCGAAAUCUUGCGCUGUGAACUUUUUUGACUUUUUCAAGAAUGGCCACGCUGUGGCACUUUGUCAAAAACUUCCUAAUCCUAAUUUUUUAUUUUAUUUUUUAUAUGAGGACCUGUCUGCUUUUAGCGAUAGUUAACCUUGACCGAUGUCAUAACGUUGAACAUUUUUGGUACGCACGAGCAAAAUGAGGCUGCGGGAAUCGGCCAUUUUGCUGCAGUAGCAUAUUGCCUCAAGCAGCUUGAGUCAUCCAAAAUACAAAUAUAAAAAAUUAAAAAAAUUGUUGUUGGUGAGGAGCUACCAAAUGUACAUUGGUUGAAGUGACACUUAAAGUAAAUGCUGUCAUGAUGGUAGCAGGAACAAUAUUAAUAAUAAAAAAAAAUGGACUACCAA